AUGCCUGGCCAGAUCGCCGCACCCAUCCCGGUUACACCACCGCACUUGUUCGCCAGCCUAAAUGCUACUCUUUCUUCUGCGGAGAGUAAGCGAGUUACCCCUAUCCGCUCUAUCCAAGAACGAGACUGGGAUGUGCCGGCACCCCCGCCGCCUAGUCCAGUCAGCUUCCACCCAGAUCACUGGCAGCGCACUCUACGUCAUUGA